AUGCCCAGCAUUGCUAAUAUUACCUCCAGCAUUGUGAAGCCCAGAAUCACCGGGCACUUUGAACUGAAACAGAGCAUGAUCCAGCUACUUUAUUCGAAUGGACAGUUUAUGGGUCUUCCACAUGAGGAUCCACAACAACAUAUCCUGAACUUCUUGGAGAUUAGUGAUACUUAUAUCACUAACCGAGUCACUCCAGACUAUGUGAGGCUCACACUUUUUCCAUUCUCUCUGCUGGGCGAAGCAAAGCGAUGGCUGAAGAAAGCAGGGGAGUCUCUAUACUCGGCUUGGGAGAGGUUCAAGGGGCUAAUCAGAGACUGUCCUCAUCACAAUCAGACAAGAGAAUUAUUAGCUCACACUUUCGUAGAAGGUCUACAUCUUGAAACAAAGAUUGUGGUAGAUGCUGCAGCUGGAGGGGUUCUCGAGUUAGAUGUCGUCUCGGCAUUAUCAGCGCAAAUUUCUACACUAACCAACCAAGUCAAUCAGAUGACCAUGGUUAUUAACAAGCAACAAGCUCGACCAGUGCAACAGGUUCAGGUGUUUUGUGAAGUAUGUGGAGAGGGUAACAUGAGCAAUCUGUGCUCAGCAAAUCCAGAGUCUGUAUAUUUUGUGGGUAAUGCAAAUCGAGGCCAAACAAAUCAACCACCCCAGGCUGAACAACAAGCGAGUCCAACAAGCCACCUUGAGAAAAUGAUGAAGAAAUUGAUGGCUGAUCAGCAAAACCUUACUCAGAAAUUGAUGGCUGAUCAGCAAGCCCAAGCCGUAGCAAUGAGAAAUUUGGAGCACCAAGUAGGACAACUUGCCAGUGCCCUAAAUACUAGACCAGUUAGAGCUCUUCCAAGUGAUAUUGAGCCCAAUCCUAAAGCUCAGUCAAUGCGGUUACCUUGA